CGCAUGCUAAGUGGGUAUUUAAACGACAGUAUCCGUUGUAAGCAAUCUCCAGUUCACACCACCUUCUAUUUGUGUGAUCAUGCUGGUGUCGAUAAGAAGAAAGCUAAGGAUAGCACAGGUGCUAUUGAUAAUACUAACGUUGUAUCUUCUGUAGAUAAUGAUCAAGGUAGUAGCAGUAACGAACUAGAGGUUAUACGUCCUAAGAAGAUCCGUAUUACUAUGAAGUCUUCUAUCAAGGUAGGUUGCACUGCCAAAAUCAUUAAAUAUGUCCUGACGGACGGCACAAUCCAUGUUGAGUACCACUGGGAGCAUCCUGAUCACUGUCCUUGGGAUAUCAAGGAAAUUACGAAUUCUCGUUUGCCUUUUGAGAUCAAACAAUGGAUAGCUGAAAAGAAAAUCAUCAAGAAGUUUUUACGUACUGAUGACGAACGCCUCAUUGAGAUAAUGAUGCUUCUUGAAAAGAAGAAGUCAUUCAGUAGCUUCCCUAUGUCACUUUUAAUCAAUUACCAAGAUGUAAAGAACAUCAUCAAUGCUCACAUGAAUAAGCUAUUAAGAAAAAGUUGUCGCAGUAAGCAUAGUUGUGAAAAGUGAAUAAAGUAUUUAGAAGAAGAAAAAAACUGUUCGACGCUUUUUCGUACCCAUGAAAAUGGUCCUUUCCUAAUCUCAUGGGUAUCUGAUUGGCAGAAGAAAUUCCUUGAAGAAGCUGAAGAAUGUUGUAUUGAUAGCACUCACAAAACAUGCAAGCCUAUUACGAACAGCUCCAAUGAUAGCUACCUGUUCACUAUCGUCGUUCACAACUACACCACGAACAGAGGUCUACCUGUUUGUUUUUUCAUCACUGAUAUGAAAACCAUUCCUACUUUGCAUCAGUGGUUAACCUGGAUAAAGAUCAACUUCUCUUUGAACGUGGAGCGAAUUAUGAUAGAUUGUAGUUCCGUCGAGGCAGCUGCAAUUAGAGAUGCAUUUGAAGGCUCUGUUCGAA